GGGGGAAAUGACGUGAAGCCUUAUGUCUUCUACUUCGACAUCCUGAAAUGCAUUUCCCCCACGGGUAUCUUGACCACUGCUCUCAACGGACUGCAAUGUCCCACCACGCAGGUAUGUGUGUCUCAGUGCCCAACUGAGUUUUUCCUACCCGUGCUGUCGUUCGUACCUGGAAUCAAGGUAUCAGACGUGUUCCAGCAAAGGUACUGCAACCCAAUGCUGGAUCUGACCACUACCACCCUGACUGUGCAGGAUAUCCUGGCCAAGGAACUGUGUCCCUCCUAUACAGUGCCCAGCACCGCAUUUUUCGGACGCUGCGUGCGUGCCCAAGUUUGACGGCAUCGAGUACCCCCAAAACUUCAGCAUCGGGGGCAUGGACCCCGGGAACGCCACCGCUGAUGCCGUGAAGGAAGCAACCGGGAACUUGCUAGAUGGGUUCAACGCCAAGGAGCUGGGGAUGAGAAUCUUCGAGGACUUCACCAAGUCAUGGCACUGGAUCCUCAUUGGGCUACUGAUCGCCAUGUUGGUCAGUCUGCUGUUUCUGCUGCUGCUCCGUUUCUUGGCCGGGAUCAUCAUCUGGGUGCUAAUCUUCGGACUCAUCGCUGUCAUCGCCUACGGCAUCUGGCAUUGUUACUGGGAGUACGACCGGCUGAACAAUAUCGGAGCCACCAUCACGGACGUGGGCAUCACCACCGACUUCCAGGUGUACGGGCAGGUGAAGGAGACCUGGCUGGCCGUGUUGAUCAUCUUGGCCGUACUGGAGGGCAUCAUUCUGCUGCUGCUCCUCAUCUUCCUCAGGAAGCGAAUCCUCAUUGGUAUCGCCCUCAUUAAGGAGGCAAGCAAGGCUAUUUCACACAUCAUGUCGUCGCUGGCCUAUCCUCUCCUCACUUUUGUGUUGUUGGUGAUCUGCGUGGGCGUAUUGGGGAAUGACGGCACU